CGAGCUACAGGGCUGGGAGAGACUGCAGAGCUAAGAGGGCCUGCAGAGCUGGAUGCUAGGAGCUAGGAGAGGUCUCAGAACGCCAAGAGGUUCCAGAGCCAGAAGGAGGCACAGUUCCAGAAAAGGUCCCACAUCCAGGAGGGAACACGGAGCCAGGAAGAGAGACAGAGAAAUGCCUGCCACGCCUCAUGCCUUAGACUCCAUGCCAUGCAUAAGACUCCUUCAAGCGUAGGCUGGGCCCAGGCACCUGUUGUUGUUUGAAACCAACCAUACUGUCUCCACCCCUCUCUAUAGGGACUGGGAAACGCUUCCCUGAUGGGCCAUGCUUAGCAGGAUAUUACUGCCCCCCUGGCCAGACCUCAGCCACCCCGACGUCCUUCCGGUGCCCUCAAGGCUUCUACUGUCCUGAGGGGUCACCCCAGCCAAAGGCCUGUGGAAAUGGAACCUUCCAGCCUCAGGAGGCUCAGGGCUCUUGUGAGGUCUGCCCCAUGGGGUUCUACUGUGAGGCCUCCAGCACAGGUAGGUUCCAGGAGCUAGCAGGUGACCUCUGAGUAUGCUGAUCCCCGGAGACUUGAUGGAUUUGUUUUUACAGGUACAGACCACUUUGUGACUCACAGCCACUGUGAGCUGCUCUAACAACUGAAGUUGGCGUGGGAAGGGCUGUAACUGGCGAGGUUGCAACAGGAGUGUAUUAGGGACUUACACUAGGGUAGAAUCCCUGUCACUCACAGCUUUGCGUCUCUGCAGUGCCCAGCCUAGGUCUGAGCACAGUGGAGACACAGGUAAAGGACAGGGAAGGACAGUCUGAGCCCCAGGACCUAGCUGGUCAAGUCUAACUCAGUUCCCCAAGAGGAUGUGGCACACAGACUGGUCUGUGCCGAGGGUGAUAGCCUGGUGUGGAAAAAGGCAGUUAGGCUCAAUGGCCAGGGCCUCUCAAGGAAGGCAGAUUUCCUGGACCGUGUUCUUCCACUCCAGAUGAUCAACCAUGCGGGACCCUCCCUGUCAGCACAUGGAUCAAGGGGCUAGGAUCCUUGGUCUCUGAUCUAGGCGGAUCAGCAUAGGAGUGUCACCUCGAGUCAAGCUGACUCUGCCAUUGACUCCUAGAUCUUGUAACCAUGGCUCCAGCCUAUGCGUCCAAGACUAUUUCUUUUCCCCAGGCUCUCACUCAGCCAUUGCCCACCCGUGCCCUCAGGGGACAUUUGGGUCCAAGCCAGGAGCUACCACAGAGCUGGACUGUGAGCCAUGUCCAGCAGGGAUGUUCUGUGUGUCACAAGGGCUGACUCAGCCAUCUGGACUCUGUCACUCUGGCCACUACUGCACAGGGGGUGCUGUGUCCCCAACUCCCAUCCAACACAAAGUGGAGGGCCCAGGGUUCUCUGGGAAUGACAUCUGCCCCCCUGGCUUCUUUUGCCCCAUGGGGACAGGCUUUCCACUUCCAUGCCCUCCUGGGUUCUAUUCCUCUGCUCGUGGUCUGAACAGCAAGGACCAAUGCCAGCCAUGCCCUUUAGGACACUACUGUGGUCAGCCUGGACUAUCUCAAGUCCUGGAGGCUAGUCUCUGCCAUGCAGGAUACAUCUGCCUUGGAGGAAGCACUGUCCCCUCACCCACUGAUGGGACCCAUGGAUACAGAUGUCCUCCAGGAUUCUACUGUCCUCCAGGGGCCCACCAUGAACUACCCUGUAAGCCUGGUACCUUUAGCCCACUGUCUGGGGCUGACACCUGCCUAUCCUGCCCACAAGGCACCUACUGUCCCAAGGCAGCCACUGUGGAACCUAUCACAUGCCCAAAAGGUCACUACUGCCCAGCAGGGACACCCUCAGCUCAUCCCUGCCCAGAAGGAACCCUGAACCCACAGGAAAGUGCUGUAUCUCCCAGGGCCUGUCAGCUCUGCCCUGCAGGGAGCUAUUGCCCUGGGGAAGGCGACACAUGGCCAGAAGGACCGUGCUCAGCUGGUUACUACUGUAAGGGGGGUGCUGCCAGCCCCACCCCACAGGGAGACAUCAGCUCUCCUCUCAAUGGACCCUGCCCCCGAGGCCACUACUGCCCACAGGGUUCUGUGUUCCCAGUGCCCUGCCCUUUGGGGACAACAAGGAACCUCAUGGGUGGCACCUCUAAAGGGAGCUGCAGGCCCUGCCCAGCUGGAUACUUCUGUCCUAGCCUAGACCUCGGCUCAGCCAAUGGAUCCUGCACAGUUGACUUUGACUGCUCCUUAGAUACCAGCGCCUCUACCUCCACACCUGUCCCCUGCCCUCAGGGUCACUUCUGCCAGCCAGGAGCUGCAUGGCCUGUCCUGUGCCACCGUGGACACUACCAGUCCUCCCUGGGCUCAGACACCUGCCUUUCAUGUCCACCAGGCUCCUACUGCCCAUAUCCUGGCACUCAGACACCCAGGCCCUGCCCAGCCCAUGCUUACUGCCAAGCUGGAACUUGGUCCCCAAGCCUGUGUCCCCCAGGGACCUUCACUCCUCAGGAUGUGUCAGGUCUCCAGGAAGACACCGACUGCUCCAUCUGUCCCCCUGGUCACUACUGCAGACGUGGACAGGUGUGGGGAAGAUGUCCUGCUGGCUACUUCUGUUCAGCUGGAACCUCCGAAAUAACGUUAGACCCCCGCAAACCUCAGGCCUCAUGUACCCAGAAACAGCUAUGUGCAGAACAGUGCCCACCAGGAUUUUACUGCCCUGAGGGCAGUGGAGAACCCAUCCCAUGUCCCCCUCACACCCUGGCGGCUACCGCUGGAGCCCAGAAAAAAGAAGACUGUGGGCCCUGUCCCCCAGGACAGUGGUGCAAAGCAGAAACCCAAGCCAGGAAACCCUGCCCUGCUGGCCACUACUGCCCGGGAAUGAGUGAAUCCCACCCAGGAGCCCCUCAGGCAUGCCCUGAACAUACCUACCUGGCCACAGAAGGAGGCCAGAGCCCAGCUGAGUGCCUCCCCUGCCCCACUGGGUACCAUUGCCCAUGGCCAGGCCUCUCUUCUUUUGAAGACCACCCAUGCCCCCCUGGCCACUGGUGUCCAGGUGCACAGGGUGCUUUUCUCUGCCCACCCGGUACCUUCCGUUCAGAGCCAGGGGCGUCCUCCCCACAAGACUGUGAGCUCUGUCCCUCUGGCUACUACUGCCCUGACACACAGGUGACCGGUCGAGCCAAUGUGUUUGCCAUCCCCUGCCAGCCAGGGUCAGAGUGCCCAGCAGGUGCUGUAGACAUGGUCCCCUGCAGGGCUGGUUCUUACUGUGGGCCCCGGACUGGAGUACCCCCACUUUGCCCCGGGGGCUUUGCCUGCCCUGAGGGUUCUUCUACCUACACUGGUCCUGGGCAGCGGUGCAUGUUCCCCCAUUACUGCCCUCAAGGCAGCACUCAUCCCCUUGGGUGCCCUGGGGGCUCCGAGGCCCAGAACCAGAGUGGCCUUAGGGUCUCUGCAGAGACUUCCUGCCGUCUGUGUACGGCAGGUACCUACCGCAGCCCUGCUCUGGAUACCCUGACUUGCCAGCCCUGCCCCCCUGGAUUCAUCUGCCCCCAAGGCUCAGAGAGCUAUGACAACCAGCCCUGCCCGGUGGGCCACUACUGUCCCGAGGGGACAUCCAAGCCCAGGCCCUGUCCAGCAGGAACCUUUGGAGGGAGCAGCCAAGCAGCAGGAGCAGAAGACUGUCAGCCAUGCCCGCCAGGCACCUUCAGCGCCCGGCCAGGACAGGCAGCUUGCCUUCCCUGUGGGAGUGUUGCCUUCUCUCCCCAGGGUGCUUCUACCUGUACCUGCCGAGGUCUAAACAGGAUCUUCCAAAAGUCAGAUGGUUCCUGCCUCUGCCAGGCUGGGCAUGUCUCCUAUGACCACAGGGGUCUGGAAACUGACCAGGAGAGCAACAGCCACAGCGAUGAGGAUUGCCAACCCCAGGUUGCCCAGCACUGUCCACCUGGCGAUGUCCGCCUGGCUGCCACCCGUGAGUGUGUGUCUCCACAACAGUAUGACUGCAGUGCCUUCUGUGGCCCAGGAGGUGGAAAACUCAGCACCGCGCUGGAAUCUGUCAGUGCUUGGGAUACGUCUCUGCAGAAGAACUCUGUGACAUUAGGUGUCUGGCCAACGCUCCCCGGCUCUCCUUGUCCUGGGACCCUGGCAAGGAGCUGAUCCUCAGUGUGAAGAGUAGGACUGGCGACAGCAUCCAGAAGGAGCUCUUGGAAACUCUAGGUCCUGACCUGCAAUUCCCAGGGAGUGCCAGGGUCCACCUGGUCCAGUUUGGGCCCCAUGGUACCU